GUCGUUCUGCUGGAGAGACACCUUUGCCAUUGUUGCAUCCUGUCUCUCCAGUCCACCAUAGCGCGCAUGCUUUCCUGAAACGACCGACCACAACAUCAUCAACGAAUAGCGAAAAUUCAGGAAAGAAGUAGAAGCAGUGGUCAUCACAACGGCGAGAGUCGAGACCAUGGCGGCGGCAGCUGAUGAGUCGUCGUCGUUUACUUCGUCCUCUAUCUUCUCCCAGAAAAGCUCCAGGCUUCCUGACGACACCGUCUUCUAUGCCAUUUUUCCCGACUUAAUACUCAACCCCACUACCCCCAAUGAUCAGUCCUCCCUCCAAUCCCUUCACCUUCAAAUCAUUCAAUCUCUCUCCCCCUUCACCACUGACUACAUCUGGCAGCACGAGCCCUUCACUCUUUCCCUCUCUUCUACUCCCAAAUCCUCUUGUUUCUGCUCCUCCGACCUCCCUCAUCUCCAUGGCAAGGUUCGCUUCGGUGACAACCUCGAGGACGAGUGGUUCACCGUCUUCCUUCUAUUCCAAAUCUCUCUUCACUUCCCCUCUCUCUCCAUCAGAGUUUGGGACACUGAUGGCGAGUUCUUGCUCAUUGAGGCAGCUUUUCAUCUCCCUCGCUGGGUUAACCCCGAUAAUAGCCUCAAUCGUGUCUUCAUUCGCCAAGGUGACCUUCAUAUUGUUCCGCGUAAUCGGCUUCCGAGCCCCAGUUUGGCUGAUUCAUUGAAAUUUUUGGUCCGCUGUGGAGCCGAAUCGAGAUCGUCGGAGUCGGUUCAGAAGGCGGUUAAAAAAAAGAUUUCGGAUUACCCGGAUAGAGCGAGGAAGAAUAUGCAUAGGGUCAGGGUCAGGGUUCCCGUUUCAGUUGCGCAGGUUUUGAAGCAGGAGCCUUGCAUGAUUUCGCUUGCUGUGGAGGGGUUUUAUGACAGGGAUAUUGAUACCAUGAAGUUUGCGGCGACCAUGGAGAAAUUCUUGGGUAGAGGGAAAGAUGAAGAAAUGGUCUGUGUUUCUGUGAAGAUGUCUAGGGCCAUGUAUGCACAAUUAGUGCAGCAAACGUUUCAAGCGCCAAAAUGUUUUCCAAUGCCGAGUAGGAGCGACUUGUCGGUGUACAUGGAAGCAGAGUUGGGUAUGAAAAUAGCUUGUGGGUUCGAGAUGAUGUAUCAGCAGCGGAAGCGUGAUGGAGUGGAAGGGAAAGGGAGCACGUGGGAGGCGUUUAAGCAGACUCUGGAGAGGAGUGGUUAUUUCCAAGGGCUGCUUCCAGGUUCCAAAGAGUAUCAGAGGUUAAUGCAAAAUGCCGAGGAGUAUUAUAGAAACAAUUCCUUGUACUCUAGAGUCAGUGACUUGAUGAGUGCUCCUGUUAGACGGAUAGAUGAAAUUCUUGCUUUACCACAUUCAGUGGAUGAUUUUAAGAAUCAGAAGGUCCCUCCAUCUGAUGAUGAUUCAUGGCUUUAUAAUGGAGAAGAAGAGUUGACCUCUGCUCUUCUUGAAAGACAAAAGGAGAUGGAACUUUAUGACCUUAAACAGAAGAAAGGGAAAGGGAAAGAGAAGCAAGAUCUAUCAUCUGUUUCUAAUGCUAGAGAGUUUGAUCCUGGUGAUAUGGCAAAAACUAUGCAAGCUUUUGUCCACAAAGUGUCAAGUUACAAGGGAGCUGAAGCUCCUGAAAGCAUGAAUAAGGAAGUGAACCUUGAUGUGGACCAAUUCAUUAAGGACAUGGAAUCAAUAAUGAAGCACCAAGGAGUUAAAGAAGACGACAGUGAUGUUGAAGAAGGCUCCUCAUCUGAACUGGACUUGGAUGAUUCUGAUGAGGGUGACAUGGUUGAACCUGACAACGAAGAUGGUGGGGAUACUUUCGUGCAGUCCUAUUCUGAUGCUAUGAAUGAAGAACUGAAGGCAACUACCCUUGGAAGAAGUUUUGUCCGUGCUAAUGAACAACUUCCCAAGAAAGAUGAGGGAACGUCAAAUACCAGGGAAAAUAUGGAUGAAGAUUUUUCUCCCGUAGAUGUAGAUCUGAAUUUGGUAAAAAGCUUCCUGGAUUCCUUUUCUUCCCAGCAAGGGCUUCCAGGUCCCGCAUCCAAUUUGCUUGGGCUCAUGGGGGUUCAGUUCCCACAAGAUGCCGACAAGGGAAAGUGAAAUUACUUGAAUAACUUGGUCCAAUUUUUCCAUGUUUUUGGAGGUACUGCAAUAAUACAAUCUAGAUGACGUGUUUCAUCACCUUUUUUCUCAAGCUCUUGGCAUGUAGACAGAGAUCUGCUUGAUCGAGUCUAGAGAGAAAAUAUCAGCCAUGAUCUAGAAUGAUAUUGGUUUAAAUUCCGUGAGUAACGACGCAUGUUAUGACACAGUUGCUUUUGGAAAAAGCAAGGCAGUCAGACAGCCAUCUGCUGGAAGGUGAUCCGACCUGUUUAUGACCACAAAAUUUGUCGCCCGUUUAGAAUCAGCCUUCAUGAGAGAUUCAAGUGCUGAUGCGGUAUAGCUGGUGUGUUCUAUUGUUGUUUAAUUGGUUGGUUGCUAUGAAAUUCGUAUUCUUCGUAGUCAUUCAUUCGCCUGCAGUUGAUCAUUCUUGUCAGAUAAAUUUUGAUGUCAGCAAGACAAUAUAGAAGCUUAUUAUAUUAGAGUUCCUUUUUAUUGUAAAAUGUUCAUAUAUUUCAUAAUUUUAUGUUGGACGCCUUACACCA